AUGUCUGUUUGUAACGGGUUAGUGGACGCCACUCACGGAGGUCUCAGCAGGGCAUCCUCAGGAAAGAUAAGGCACGAUGAAUCGGCGGAAUGUACGAUUACCACCCGAAGUCAACCGAGCCAUCUACGUGCGCAACCUACCGUUCAACAUCACAUCAGAGGAGAUGUACGACAUUUUUGGCAAAUACGGCGCCAUCAGACAAAUACGCAUCGGAGUGACCAAGGAGACGCGCGGAACGGCCUUUGUGGUGUACGAGGACAUCUACGACGCCAAGAACGCUGUGGAGCAUCUGUCGGGGUUCAACGUGGCCAAUCGGUACCUCAUAGUGCUCUACUACCAGCAGGCCAAGUUCACCAAGAAGAUCGACCAG